AUGUUCAACAUCAGACCGAAUGUUGUGUUUUCGUUUCUGUCGGACCAUGAAUACACAAUUUGCUUCUUCAGCUUUAUUAUCAAUUCAUUUCAUUUGAUAGUUCUAACAAGAAAAUAUAUGCGGACCGCUUCGAUUUAUGUUUUGUUAAUUGGAGUAUGCCUAUCCGAGUUGUAUUCAAUGACGAUUCCGUUGAAGAUAAAGUUGGAAGAGUUUUGGCUGCAGUGGCAGAAGUGUCCCGUUCCUCCAUCCGUUCUUCAAAUCUAUUUCAACCGAAUCGUUCUAUCAACUGCUGAUAACAUGGCACGUCUAUCUGGCUGGCUAUGUCUUCUAUUCGCAUUGGUUCGAGUAGUUGUUUUACGAAAAAUCAGCGAUAAUCGAUUCCAAAUGAUCUCAGCUCCAGGUUUCGGAUGGAUUCUGAUAUUCUUCAGCUUCGUUGGAAGUUUUGUUAUUUCGUUAUCCUAUUAUUUCAAAGAUCAAAUUGAAGAGUUAGGAGUAUGGACCCCACAGCCUGGAUGUGAAUCCUUAUCAACUACGGAAAUUUACGAGUAUCGACUAAUUGUAUCUGAUCUCUAUACAUUUGGAAAUGGAGUGUUCGCUGUUCUAUUUUUCCUUUCCAAUGGAUUUUUUUCACAUAUUCUUCCCUGUGUUUUGUACCCAAUUUUGAUUAUAUUCUUAUUGAUGGAAAUUCGAAAAUUGAAAAAGAGCAAAAAUGGUUCCACAACUGUAAAUCCACAUCAGAAGCGAAAUGAGAAAACGACGAUUCUGGUGACGAUCAUUUCGAUUUUCGAAUUUUUUAUUCAACUUUGCUAUUCGAUAAUUUUCAUUCUAGAGCUGGUGACCUGGGGAAGGAACCUAGACUAUAAACAGUACGCCAGAGUGGGAAUCAAAUGGAUAUUCGCAUUCAAUGCUUCAACGAGAUGUUUACUUUGUGUUUUAUUCUCCUGUAGAUAUCGGAAUACUAUCAGAAGAAUGUUUGGUUUAAGGGAUCGAUUGAUGUUAAAUGGACACAAAGCGAGUACCGCCCGUCCUUCUCCAGCAUUACAAAGAUCUGCUUCAUCGAUACUUCCUCCGUGCAGCCCCAAGAUAGAAUCGAGCUUAUAA